AUGGGCUCCCACAACCUUCCGUCCCCCCCUGCGGAGGAUGGCAAAGCCAAAAAAGCCUCUGGAAAAGCAACCAAGCCUUCUCAUCGCGCUUCCAAGCGUGCCAACACUGCUUCUGCCGCCCAUCACCACGAUAUCAUUGCUGGCGCCGCUGGCAUGGAUGGUCGCCACAAGAGAGUAUGGAAGGCUUGUGAGCGCUGUCGAAUGAAAAAGACCAAGUGUGACGGCGAGUUUCCCUGCAAACGUUGCAAGGACGACGGACUUGUCUGCACAGCUGGCAUCCGAAAGAAGAUGGAAUACAAGCAGUUACCUAGAGGUUACGCUGAGGUCCUUGAGAACACUCAGCUCACUCUGAUUGCCACCAUCCACAAGCUCUACUCCAUGGUCCGCAGUUCACAGCCGUGGGAGCUCGGCGAGCCAGACCUCAACGAUCGGGGCCAACCCGUUGUGCACAACAUUGCCCAAAAGCUUGGCUGCAUUCGACCCAAUUGCGACAUUGAUCUUCCUGCCCAUUCAGUAUUCCCCGAGGAUGAUUCCAGCAUGGCCGAGCUCGCCCGCCAGCUCGAAGAGCAACAGGCCCCCGAACACGAGGCGUCCGGCGCCAACUCUGCCACCGCCAUUACCGGAGACGGCGACUCUUCGUCUUACCACCGCGCCGACCGAGCGUCUUCUUCCGAUCUCGAUCACUCCGACAUGGAACAAGAUUAUCGCAAGAUGGCUUUUGGAAAUCACAAUGCCCUGUCUCUUUCCCCACAGAGCUUCGCCAGUGGCAGCGACUUCGAGUUUAGCACGACACCGAUCGACCUUGACGCGGGUGCGAUGUUCUCGCAACAAUCAUCAUCUAUGCCCGAUUUCUCUUCGUCGUGGGCCGCAAUCCCCAAAGCUCAACAAUCACAGCAACAACAGCAACAAUCACCUACCGCGAUGUCCAUGACUUUUGUACAACAGCCGAGCUCAUUGCAAAAUAUUGUCAUGAUGAACCAAGAUGUCAUCGACGCUGACUUUGGGACAAUCAAGCCUGACAUUCUAUCGUACGCCAAUUCAGAUGUCAUGAUGGGCAUGGCGGACCCAAUGAUGUACGCUGGCUUUGAUAGCGACAAUAUGAGACUCUAG